CGCAACAGCUGAGGACGCAAGCAGCCCUGUUCUCAGCUCUCCGCUGCCCUCCAGAGACUGCACCGCCGUGCGCUGAAACCAGGCGGCAAUCGAGACCGCACUAAACACAAACAAGGCUACUGGCAGAGCUGCGAUGCUGCGGCCCUUGCUCCUUCUGCCGCUGCUGCUGUCAGUGGUAAAGGACGCGGCGGGGCAGCAGUCUGCGGACGCCUGCCGCCCGACGUGCUCGGAGGUCCUUCCGCGGCUGCCAGAGGUGCGUAGGUGGUGCUCGGCCGUUUUCCGCGAGCCCUCCCCGGAAACGGUGCUGGAGUGUGGCGCGGCCUUCAGCGAGGAGCAGCCGCCGAGCGAGCGCGAAGCCAGACUGGUCGCGACGUCGCCCGACUACGAGGCCCUCUUGGGCCGCAACACCAGCUGGACCGUGUGCAACGCCGACCGCAUUAACUACGGCAUCCUCAGCCACGCGUACUUCGGCGCCGUCUGGGAGGCGUCUGCAAAUCCCUGUCGGGAGCGGUACGCCGUGUGGCUCGUCACAUACAAUGCACCGCCCUGCUGGCACCACAACACGUCGGACAGUCUUAGCGACCGGACGAUCAAUCAAGAGACGGCUAUGUCGUUGAAGGAGAAUCGCACAUAUCAAUGUAGACACUGCAGCUUCACCAGCCACACCGAGUCAGACUUCUUAGGAGAAAAUUACACAUACGUAAUAGCAAAUGACGAAAUCCCCACGCUGUUCCGCUACUUGUCUUGCAAUGAAAAUAGUCGUCAACCCUACCCAACACUAAGAGUCGUGGACAGCUCUACGUUUACAUGCGAAGGCUGUCGUCGGUGGAUUGAUUUUGCCGAAGAAAACCCUUACGAGUUCAGAGGUUGCAAGACAGAAACAGAAGAUGCAUCUACAAAGACAGCUGUAGAACAUGCAGAAGGAUUACGCAGCAUAUGCAAAACUACGAUGGCUCCAACAACGCUGCCACCUACGGAGGAAACAACUAUCUCAUUGUUGGACAGCCAGACUACAAGGACUGAAGUCACCAACACGAUUCGUGAUAGAGUUGAGGAGGCGCUGGAACAACUAGAGCCAAAAACUAUCGAGGACGGCGCUGUGAAGAACAAGAACAGAACCCUAGACCCGGACCAGAUGCUCACGAACCUGGACACCAUUAUAAACUUCUCGAACAAUCUGACACAAAAUAAUGUGUCCCUGGCGCUAACUGGCUUCGAGCUGUUUGCCAAGACAAUACUCAUGGGCAACACCACCGCCAAAGGGAAGGCAGUGGAGGUGAAGCACGAGCACUCCACACUGGUCAUCGCGUCUGGCAUCGUCGGCGCGCUGGUCUCCACUGACGGAGAGAAUAUCGAACUCCUCCGACACGGGAAGGAGGACUACUCGGUGGAGUGGAUGCUGGCGCGGUCCGGCUCCGAGGGGGUGGUGCUGCCUGAGGAGACAGGCGUGUCUGCCGCAGCUAUUGCCAUCACCGUUCUUCGGCACGACUUGCUUAACACCAGUUUCCUCGAUGAGGGGCUCCACCUUAACAGCGACGUCAUCAGCAUACAGGUGGAGACUUGGAACUCUUCGUUACCCGCAAAGUACGUAGAUGUCUUUCUGAAGCCUCGAGUACGUGGCGUGCGGCGGCGAUGCGGCAUCUGGAACUUCACGACGAACGCCUGGGACUUCGGCAGCUGUACACUGUACCGUCGUGGCCAGGUGAUCGACGUGUGCCGGUGCUGGCACCUGACACACUUCGCGCAGCUGGUGACAGACGCCGACCUGCAGUGGGGCGACCACGCCGGUGUGCUAGAGCUGAUCUCCUUGGCCGGCGUCUUCGCGUCUCUGUUGGGCACUGUUGGACUCGGAGUAGCAGCUGUACUCGACCACAAGUGGCGCCGCAAACCAGGGACUCGCAUGCUGCUGCAGCUGGGCAGCGCGGUGGCGGCGCGGGACCUGCUGCUGGCGCUGGCCGCCGUCGACGCGUUUCGGCCGUCGUGGCUGUGGCGUCCUGAGGACCCAGACGCGUGCCGCUGGCUGGGCGUGGCGCUGCACUACGCGCUGCUCGCAGCCGCCGCCUGGACCACGGCGGCCGCCGUGCUGCAGUUGCUCAGACUCGGCACCAUCAUCGGCGCUCAGGCGCUGUUCCCGCACGUGGUGUUGGUCAGCUCGGCGUGUUCGUGGCUGUCGCCGCUGGUGCCGGUGGUGGCGCUGGUGGCGACAUCGGGACUGGAGGCGGGCUACCCGCUGCGGCAGGACAGCGCCACGGACUUCCUGUGCUACCCGCAGGGCGUCGCCCUCUACACCACCGUCGUCUUCCCAGUGGCGCUCUGCACGGCCGCCAACGCCGCCAUCUUCCUCUACUUGCUGCUGGUUGUCCUCUUCCCUGUACGCCAGGACGAGGUUGACUUAGGAAUCCGACGACACAGCACGGUGAGCCUGAGGCGUCGUGCGCUGACGUCUGUGGUGCUGUUCUUCCUGCUGGGGCUGCCCUGGUUGCUGGGACCGCCAGCCAGGUUGCUUGUGCUCGCCUACCUCUUCUGCAUCAUCGCCACGCCGCAAGGGAUGGCGCUGUUCGUGUUCUUCGUGGUGUGCAACGGACGCCUCCGCAAGAGCAUCUGCGCGACCAUUUCCUGCGCGGCCUUCAGCAGCUUCAGCAGCAGCACGGGAACUGGAUACAGCCGCUCCCCGCAUGCCAGCAGCAACACGCGCAUCAACAACUCUGUGUCUGACAUCCCACCGGUGCGAAAUCGACGGAACGUAGAGAUGCGGGACGAGUUAGAGCUCUCUGGCACGGAAGGCGGGCCCUACACGAGGAAACACGCUGGAAGAUACUCGUGAAAACAAACACCCCUUUACAUAAGGGGUGGCCAAUAACCUUACCUUUGGCAGCCUAAAACUUACGGAACUGUUCAAAGUGAACCGUAUUGUAUCUGCAAACUAAUAGGAACAUUUUUCUUUCAGUUACAGUCAUAAACAUCUUUAUUGUUUCUGUUAAAUGUCUAGCACCGGAUAUCUCAUCAACAAUUUCCUGCAUAUUUGUUUUGGUAAAACAGAAACAACUUGUGCAAUAUUCUGUUUUAUAAAGCCCAAUUUGUGUAAGACUUCUUCGCUUUUGCAAUAGGAAAAACCAAGUUAUAGCCAGCUUCGGUUUCGGCCAGGUUCUAUAAACCUAGUGAAAACUGUAUUCUGAUCAUGAAGUUUUUCUUUAACUUCUGUAAUUUUAAAAUUAUCAGAACUGCAACAAUCUUUGAGCCCAAUUUUGUUCCUUUACUUUAUGACCGAUUAAUUUUUCGUACAACCUUGUAGGUAGGGCAAACACAGCUAUGAGUGUAGGAUGAAAAAGUUCUGAGCUUUUCCGAUCAAGUAUUUUAGUCAUUUGAGUGCUGACAUUUCGAUAUUCUCGUGUAAAAGUAUUUCAUAUUUUUGAAAAAAAAAUUUUAAAUCUUAAAAUGAUUUACCAUACCAGUGUAUGUGUCAGUGUUGUUAUUCCUUAUGGAUGUAUUGUUAUACAGAUGUUCAUCUGAAGAUGUGGCUUUUAUACCGCGAAACCGAUAGUAGUCCAAUAAUAAAGGACUAAAUACAGCUGCACGGUUUAUUAACAGUUCCCUGUGUUGCAGUUGCAAGAAUAGUAUGAUGCUGACGAUCUGACAAGAAAUGUCACUGGUGUUUAUCAUAGUUUUAUUUUAUUUAUUUACAUUUUCUUAAUGUUCUGUACUCUAGUUAAGCCAACAGUGUCAUUCUGCCACGUCCAUCUGAGUGUGCACUUCAGGCUGUAGACAGAACAUUCGGCGUUGAAUUUUACGUUAGUUUUAGGUGAAAGCCCUUAUCAACUGUAAUGUUCAUUAUACAGUAUGUCGAAUAAAGCAAACACAUAAAGUA